AUGUCUUACGCGCAAGAAUUAAUUUACAUUAACGAAUUGUUGAAUUCACCAGAAACGUCUGAACUCCUUCGCAACCCCCCUUAUCCCUUAAUCCUGUCCAUUGAAGAGCUCACCAAGGCUCCGGAUAGACAACGUGCGUCCAAAAGGGCACCUUACACCAUUCCCCGUUCACCAAAUCCAUUCAUCAUUUUCCGAAAGAACCAUGCCGCGAGGAUGAAAUUAGAGAAGGAGAAGUCACACACCUCGGAAACAUCAAAGAAAGUGGCAAAAAUUUGGAAAGAGCAAGGUACAAGAGUGAGAAAACUUUUCGAGGCCUUGUCGUUGUUGGCCAAGAAGAAUCACAUAUCGAAGUACCCCGAUUAUAAGUUUCAACCGAAGAAAAAAACUGACAUCACCUUUUGUCACGUGGAUCCACAAUAUCUUGGGGGAUGUGAUAGCGGUGAGGAUGAGGAUGGUGAGGGUUUGAGUCCUUCCGAACCGGAGACAUUGCUAUCGACCGCGCUCGAAUCUUCUAAGUCACCUGUCUCUCAUGUUCUAUCGCAACCUCAGCUUCUCGAAUAUCCUAGUCUUCCCACAUCCUCGCAAUCCUCUGAUCCUACGUUGCUUUCUCCGUACUUUCAACCUGGCGAGUCUAUCGAUCAUUUUAAUGAAGCGCUACCGUUUCUCGUGCAAUCACCUUCGGGAGGUACCCACGUCAAUUCCGAACUCUUGUUGUUUUCUACAAUUUCACCAAAUACCAUCUCACAACCUUUAUUAUCUUUUCCUGGUUUUUAUUCUUCAUUCCCUCCUGAAGAGUCCUCAUCCCCUUCACCAAAACACGGUUCCAUUAUCAACCUGUUCGCCAGCGAAGAAUCCCAUUACUUUGAUUCAUCACAAUGA